AUGUACAAGAUAAGAGAUGCUUCAGUUCCCACAGACCUGCAGCUCUAUUCCUGGUUUGGUGGUGAGCUGGAUACGAUUAACCAGCAAAGAAGAAUGAAGACUUUCUACAGACUUGCUUUGGAUAUCGUGAUCAUGAACAGGGUGUGCAAGAUAUUCCGGAAGGGACUGAUGGGAUUCAGGGGAUUUCAGUUCAUUGAUAUGACUGCCCAGGAAUCCCUGACCUUUGGUAUGGAAGAAGACAAGAAAUAUACCAAACUGUCCUUCGACCACAAUGAGUUCAAGAUCAGAAAGGAUCACUUUCCUCUCAGGGCAAUCCAGAUAACCAAGAAGAAACCAGAAUGGAGAACUGAGAAGGAAAUAAAGCUGUUACGAAGCUGUUUGCAGUUUGUGGAAAGCUACCAAAAAUAUAGCCUAAAUCUGCAGCUGCUUCUGGCUAAAGUGAUUCGCUUUGAACGGUUUGGACGCAGGAGAGUCAUCAUAAAGAAGGGGCACUGUGGCAACAGUUUCUACUUCAUCUACUUUGGUACUGUUGCCAUUACUGAAGAUGAGGAUGGGAGCAGUGCCUUUACGGACCCAGAUCCAACUUUGCUUCGGAAAGGUGCUGGAUUUGGAGAAGUUGCUCUUUUAAAGGACAGGCGGAGAAUUGCUACAGUUGUCUGUAUGGAGGAAACAGAACUAUUAGUAGUGGAUAAAGAGGACUUUUUUUCUAAUAAAUUAGAUGAGGAGCUUCAGAAAGAAUUUCAGUAUCGUUUCAGCUUCUUCAAAGGUCUAGAUCUCUUUGCAACAUGGCCUGAUUACUCAGUAGAGAAAAUAGCUAAUUACUGCAAAGCAGAGAAAUUUCACUAUGGACAAGUGGUAGUCCGGGACAUCAUGGAGUCAGCCAGCAUAAUAUUCAUUACUCAGGGGAAAUGUGAAGUUUUACGUCUGGUUGAUCUCAUCACUUGCCCAUCCUAUCACAAGUGGAUCAGUCAGCAAAUGGAUUUUCCCAAACCCAGUCCUUAUUACUCUAUGGAGACUGGCAUCACAGGCAGAAAAAGAUUCAAUAAUUUUAUGUGGAAGUCCUUUCCUGUGCAGGAUCUGAGUAAUCUGAAAUCGAUGUAUGUCCCACCUGUUAAUCAUCAGAAGGAUGAAAUUUUUGAAAGGCAAUACCUGGCUUUAAAUAGGAAAUAUAAAAAUGCACACACACAGCUGGAGAAACAGGACAGAGGUGACAGUAGAAGAUAUGAUGACUUCAGUGAUGAUGAGAAAGAAGUCGUUCAGAAAGAAAUAUCAGGGUUGUUCCGGAAGAAGCUAACUGUUCUCACACCACAUGGAGAAAUACCCACUGCUGUUGCCACAGCAAUUUACACUAGGGUCAAUGAAGUGCAUAAAGGGGAACUCCUGGGGAUAAGCCAGCAUCUUCUACCUGAAGAUAAGCAAGAUAAUCGGAGCAUGGUUUUGGUCAGUCAGGGAGCUGAGGUCAUUCGGUUGAAAAAGGAGAAGUUUGAGGAAUUAGCAGAUCAUACAACAAUAAUGAAUUUACACAAAUUACAGCCGAAGUAUCCCAGUGACGAUGAGCUGUGUCAAAGCUUUCUGGAACAGAACGACUGGAAAAUAUUCAAGAAAGAUCUGAUGAAUCUUUUCCUGGAGCGAAAACUCACAAUGAUGGCAAGUUCUCAGCAUGUGAAGCCCAAGAAAGAUAUUUAUAGUUCCUGGAGUGUGAAUCAAGCAGGUAUUCUAGACCUGACCACUACCCACCAUCAUCUUCCAACAGGCACUCAAGGACUACAGCACAGAUACGUCCCUGUCCACAUAGGACAGAGAGAGGAUUCUGAGGGCCUGCCAAAUAUUGAGCUAAGGUUGAUUCAUGGCAUAGCUGUACCACGGCCUAGUUUGAAAGGAUUGUUCUAG